CGUGUUCCCCCCCAGCCCCGUUUCUGCCUUUUCUCGCCCCAAAUUCGCGCUCCGCCGCUUGAAGGCGCCGCCUCCUCUCCCACCGCCCACCGUGACGUCACUGCCGCUGUCCGGCCAGCCUGGCGCCCCGCUCCCCGAGCCCCGCCCUUCGCUCCGCCCAUCAACCUCGGCCCCGCCCCCUCCGCGGCGACACCGCCUCAUCCUCCCCUUCGGCCCGCCCCCUUCCUCCGGCACGCCCCUCGCUCUUUCCUUCCCGUGAGGCCACGCCCCAACCCCACCUCCUUUCUCCAGCCCAGCCCCAAACUCCUCCCCCUUUUCAGGCCCCUCCCCGGACACCUCCCCUUCUCCGCCCCCUCCCCAGGCUCCGCCCCCUGGUCCGUCAGCGGAUCUUCCCGCCCGGCGCCGCCGCCUCCUCGGGACUCCCGGACCCGGGACCCCGAACCCGGACCCCCGAGCCCCGGUCCCCCCGGGUCCCCCGGGUCCCCGGCCCCGCCAUGUGGCUGUUCUCCCGGGACCCGGUCCGGGAUUUCCCGUUCGAGCUGGGCCCACCCGAGCCCGACCCCGACCCGGCCGAACCGGCCCCGGCCGAACCGGCCCCGGCCCCGCUCUGGCGGCAGCUGCGGGGGCGCCGCAAGGCGGACGGCGCCCCGGUCUCGGUGUUCGUGCACAGUUUGGGGACAGGGGACCCGAGGGCCACCGCGCUGGCCCGGGCGGCGCUGAAACGGCUGCGGAGCCUGCGGCACCCCAACGUGCUGGCGUUCCUGGACAGCCUGGAGCCGAGGAGGGUGACACCGCUGAGGCGCCACCUGCGGCUGCGCCCGCCCACGGGGGACACGGGGCAGCAGGAGGUGGCCUGGGGGCUGCACCAGCUGCUGACGGCGCUGCAGUUCCUGAUUGGCUGCGGGCUGGCCCAUGGCGCCCUGGGGGUCGACGCCGUGUUCGUGGCCCCGGGGGGCGACUGGAAGCUGGGGGGGCUGGAGCGCGUGGCGCCGGCCGGGGAGGGGGGGGCCCCGCCCGCCCCCCCCGCGCGCGCACCACCCCCCCCGAGCUCAGCGACCCCCCGCGCGGGGGGCACGGGGGAGCCCUGGGCGGGCGACAUGUGGCGCCUCGGCUGCCUCAUCUGGGAGAUCUUCAACGGGCCCCUCCCCCGGCCCCGCCGCGCUGAGGGACCCCCGGCAGGUCAGGGACCCCCGACCCCCCCGGAACCCCCAACCCCCCCCCGGGACCCCCCAACCCCCCCGGGACCCCAAAUACCCCCCAACCCCCCCCGGGAACCCCCAACCCCCCCUGGGACCCCCGGCAGGUCAGGGACCCCCCCAACCCCCCCCGGGACCCCAGAUACCCCCCAACCCCCCCCCCAGGACCCCCGGGAGGUCCCCGGGGGGCUGGUGGCCGCCAUGUGUGAGCUGGUGGCCGCGGAGCCGUCGCUGCGCCCGGGCCCGGAGCAGCUGCUGCAGCGGCUGCAGAGACCCGGAGCCUUCCUGAGCUGCGCCCUGGUGCGCACCGCGCUCUUCCUCACACACAUGCAGCUCCGUGACCCCGGGGAGCGCCGCGAGUUCCUGCAGACGCUGCCCCAGCUCCUGGAUUCGCUGCCCGGGGCCUUCCUGCGGCACAAGCUGCUCCCGCGCCUGCUGGAGGCCCUGGAGAUGGGCAGCGCGGACGCCAGCGCCCUCAGACCCCUGCUCAAGGUCACGGUCACCCCAGGUCACCACAGGUCACCCUGGGGUCACUGGGGGUCAUUGGGAUCGUGGGGGCCCUGGAGAUGGGCAGCGCCGACGCCAGCGCCCUCAGACCCCUGCUCAAGGUCAAGGUCACCCCCGGGGAACCGGAUUGGACUGAAAUACAGGGAAAUGAGCCCAAAAUGA